CGGAGAAGGAGGUUGGCCGGAUCUUCGUGGGCGGGCUGUCGUGGGACACCACGGAGCGCACGCUUGAGCGAGCCUUCAGCGAUUUCGGCAAGGUCAUCGAGACGCAGGUGAUGGGUCCAGUAAAAUUCAUUUGAAGUAACUGUACUGUUAAGCCAAUUUGUAGGAUCUGUUUGUGGGCAGAUGCAGAGCUCCUCCGUUGCUGUGGUAUGGUAGUGUUUAAGCUAACUGAUAUGAGCAUGAGGUUACAUCAAAUGAAUUUUCAUUGCCAUGGCUAAUGAAUACUGUGGAGCGCAACAUGAUUGCAAUGUUGGAUAUGAACUUAGCAAAAAGUUUGUUGCAUAGUGGCAAUGUUCUGGAUCAGUUCUGAUACGAAAAGGCAGAUGCAGAGUUGCGUGUUGUCCUUGAUUAGUGAGAUGUUGCAGGUGACUGUACAGAGUAAGUGUUGUGUGCUUGUUGGCUCUACAAUCACUUGGAAGACCAUUAUUCUCAGCCUCCAAAUGCCUCUUUUCUCUUCAAAAUGGACAUUCUUAGCUGUGCACAUCAACAAAGAACAGUGAAUGAUAAGAAUGUUCCUAGUUAUUGCAGCUAUGCUGUCCUGAAGGAAUGUGGCCGACUAACUAAGUUCCUAUCAUGGUCUUACUAGAAGUUCAGCUCUAAAGUUACUGAUUUGUGCCUGUAGUGCCGACUGAAGUAAUUGUCCUCGUCCAGUUUUCUGGGCGUGGAGUUAACUCAUUGCUUCAGCACAUGAGCAACGAUGCAGAAGUGCUCAAUUUGCUUUGGCAGUGCCAUUGAUAUCCUCUAUGACUCAUUGAUGACACCACAAUGUCACAUGCUUCCAGUUCUGACCUGUGCCCAUAGUAUGCCUUCUGGAUAUCACUAUGAUACUGUGCUGUUGGGGCAGAUAAAGCAGAUACUGAUGUAUUUAGUUACAACAAUUGAGCAGUGGCAUAGGGACUCACUGUGUUCUCUUACAGUUUCCUGAGAUAGUUUCACUGGUUGUCAUGCUUGAAAUAUGCAUCAGCUGUUAGUCAUUUCAUAUGGCCCAAUUUGCAUAUGCAUGUUAGUGUUAGUGUUAGGAUUUUUUGGCUGUUCACUAUUAUAUGCAGUUGCUAUCGUCCCAUCAGUUCACUUUCAUUGUAUGUAUAGGUCGUAACGGAAAGAGAGACUGGCCGCUCCCGUGGGUUUGGGUUUGUCACAUUUUCUGAACCUCGGGCUGUGGAUGCUGCAAUCCGGGAAAUGCACAAUGGAGAACUAGAUGGUCGGACCAUUUCUGUGAACAAGGCUCAGCCUAGGAUGAGCACUGAUGAUGGUGGCUAUGGAUAUGGGGGUGGUGGUUACUCAUCUGGUGCUAGAGGUGGAUAUCGUGGUGCAGCUGACAUAGUUCCAGCUGCAAGUGAUGAGUGCUUCAAGUGUGGACGUUCUGGACACUGGGCCCGUGAAUGUCCUUACGCAGAUGGAGGUAGACCUGGAAGGUACUCUCCUCCUUCCAGGUAUGGCAGUGGCGCCGGUGGGCGUGGUGACCGCUUUGGAGGACCAGAUCGUUAUGCUAAUCGCUAUGUUGAUGACCGUUAUGAUGGUGGUCGCUAUGCUGAUGAUCGUUAUGGUGGUGGACGUGAUCGCUAUCCUCCAGCUGCAGAUCGCUUUUCGGGUGACAGAUAUGGUGGUGCAGAUCGCUAUGCAUCAGGUGGCUUUGCGAGGGAAAGAAGCUAUGAGAGAGAUGGAGGACGGCCAGGUGGAAGUUACUACCGUGAUGAACCCAGAGCCACUGGUGGUUAUGGCAGGGGUGGUCCGCGUGUGGCAAAUGGUGACAGAUAUGGGAGUGGUGGACCUGCUCGUGUUGGUGGAAGUUACCGAGAUAGGCCUGCUCCCUAUGAUCGCCCCAGUCGUGGAGCUCGCUCUUAUGAUGACCGCUACUGAUGAAGGUUACCUUGGAGCAGAGCAGAGCAGAGUUUUAAAUAUAAGGAUUUUCCAGUUUCUAUUUUAUGUGGCUUCGCUAUGUUGAUGCUUCACUCAACUCUUAAAUAUCGUUCUUCAGAGCAGUUUGUUUGAUUACUCUUCAGUCCAUAUGACAGUCUUCGGUUAUUAUUGUGUCAGAACUGUACACUCUUAGGCAGUGGGUGGUUCUGCUUCCUUGUUAUGGUAUUAUGUAACUAUUCUGCAGUCUAAGAUUGAGUUGUACUGUUUUAAUUUCAACUUCCCUUGUCGGCAUUGUCAAUCUUCGAGACUACCGUACCAGUUUCAACCAACGUUGGACCUGCUUAUCCUAUUUCAGAUGUGUGGUGAAAUAUGGUGAUGAUACUGUACAUGAGAUCGUGUGCCAUCUGUUGAAAGGAAUGCAGUGUUUGUAUUUCUCUAGGUCAAUCAGCUCCUUGUUGGGUUGUUUUUGGUACCGGGCGGCUGUUUUUGGUACUGAGCUGUCAACACAGAACAGGACAGCAAACCUGAGCCGAUGCAGUCUGUGGAACUGAAUGCUUCUGGUGAUUUGUGCGUGUACAGUUGAAUGACUGCUGUUUAGCAAGACCAUGAGCAAGGUAAAUCCCCUCGCUCUCCAAAGUUCCACUGGCAAUAAGGUCUACCUAUAUGGCUGAAACUGUUGAAGCUUUGCAAAAUGGCUUGAUGUAGAAAAUCUGCAGCAUGUUUGGUGUAAACAAGAUUCGAAGGGACUUGGUCCUGCUGGUUGAAAUUCCGUUUUAAGAAAAAAAUGGAGUUGCUUCUGAAGACAA